AUGUUUAAUUUAAGCUCGUCUGCGGUUACAUAGACAGGCUCAAGUUGCAUGAACUUUCUUUCUACAAAGAUCUAUUGAGAAUAUGUGCGGUGUCGCGCGCUGCUGGUCCUCGAAGAUAGCUAAAUAGAUGGUCGACCUUUCGUCUAUUCUGUGAACUUUCGCGUGGUAAAGCUUCGCUUUGGAGCACAGCAAUCUCUCAACAUGACUCAGGCGAGCUUGAUUUGCAGUGUGGUUAUUUCGCUUGUUUGGUUUGGGAGUAGGAUUUCAGCGCAGGACCCUAACUGUAUGAUUGAUUUGGCGAUGGUUGUGGAUGCUUCAGGCAGCGUAAGGGAUGACUGGAAUACUUUGUUGACAUUCGUUGUCGAUGUCGCCAAGAGAGUCAAUCCUGGCCCGGACGGUUCCCAUAUUGGUAUGGUCCAAUUUGGAAACGACGCCCAAAAAAUAUUCGGUUUUUCAGAGUUUAAUGAAGACACUUACAAUGAAGAUGAGUUUAUCGAUAAGAUAACAUCGAUCAAUAGACCAUCAUCACAAGAACGCACCUUUAUCAACAGAGGUCUUCGUCUCGCAAAUCGAGAAGUGUUAAGGGAAAGAUUUGGGAUGAGACCUGAUGUUAAACAGGUUACCCUACUUAUCACGGAUGGCAGACAAACCCAGCUAAGUAACCGAGAUGAGCCCAGACCUGAGCAAGUGGCAACAGCCAUGAAAAAUAGAGGAAUCUACAUCGUUGCUUUGGGUAUUAGUGCUGCCGAUCCUGUCGAGUUGUGGGGUUACGCAUCCAGACAAGAAGACACAAUUUUUGUGGAAGAUUUCUCUCAACUGAGCACAAAAGUUGUUGAAACCGCUGAAAUUCUUUGCCCCACUCCUACUACUACUGCACCGCCCACUACGACACCCCUACCAACGACCACUCCUCCACCUACGACUACCACUGUUCCACCUACAACCACUACUGCUCCGCCUACCACUACCACUGCUCCGCCUACCACUACCACAGCUCCACCUACCACUACCACAGCUCCGCCCACCACUACCACAGCUCCGCCUACCACUACCACAGCUCCGCCUACCACUACCACAGCUCCGCCUACCACUACCACAGCUCCGCCUACCACUACCUCUCCACCUCCACCCCCUGUACAAUAUAUCGGCCCGCCGGGGGACCCGGGACCAAAAGGCGACAAGGGGGGUCCAGGACCUCCUGGACCAGAGGGCCCUGAAGGCGACAGAGGCCAGGAAGGCGGUAAGGGAGGUCCCGGGGCAAAGGGACCAAAAGGACUGCCGGGACGUCCAGGUCUCCCCGGACCUCCCGGGACAUUUUACAACGUCACAAAUGGCGCGGGACCCUUACCUUUACCACCAUCGCGUCUAGCUAGCAACAAAGGACCGAGCGUGGGCUUCGUGGAAGUGAGAGGCGCACCUGGGGAUCCGGGACCCUCUGGUAGAAUUGGUGUUUCAGGAAGAAGAGGGCAAGACGGAGAAAACGGAAAACCGGGGGCAGAGGGAGAACAGGGCAGUGCCGGCGAACCGGGACCGUCCGGAACGCCAGGUCCACCGGGAAGAGCUGGACGUCGCGGAGAGGACGGAGGACCGGGUACCCCCGGAGAGGUUGGUGAACCUGGACCAGCUGGAGAAACGGUGAGCCGUUGACUGCGAAUGAAUUAAAAGAUGCAAUAAAGAGUUUUUCCACAGACGUCACGGUAGCCAUAUCAUAUUGGUGUAGCAACAAUGAAACGUUAGCCAUAUUGGUAUACCGAAACAGUGAAACGACGGUCCCAAACCGAUCCUGUGGGAGUUGAACUCUUUUCUCAUGUAAACAUUAUUUUCCACUU